UACAAGAAAAUAAGAUAGAGAGAUAUAUAAUUUGAUCGUGGGAAAAAUGGCGGAAUGGCUGAGAAUUAUGGUGGUGUUGGCUCUCUCCUGGCCAAUGUUGGUAGAAUGCAGAGGCAAUAUUCGUCAUUAUAAAUUCAAUGUGGUCAUGAAAAAUAUAACAAGAUUAUGCUCAACUAAGGCUACUGUAACAGUGAAUGGCAAAUUUCCUGGUCCAACUAUCUAUGCGAGGGAAGAUGAUACCUUACUUAUCAAGGUCGUGAACCAAGUUCAUUAUAAUCUCACCAUCCACUGGCACGGUGUCAAACAAAUAAGGACAGGGUGGGCUGAUGGACCGGCUUACAUAACACAAUGUCCGAUACAGCCAGGGAAAAGCUAUGUCUACAAUUUUACAGUCAGAGAGCAGAGAGGAACACUAUUUUGGCAUGCACACAUUCUCUGGCUCAGGGCAACUGUCCAUGGUGCUAUUGUCAUUCUCCCUAAGCUUACUUUGCCCUACCCAUUUCCCAACCCCCAAAAGGAAAUUCUCAUCAUUUUAGGUGAAUGGUGGAAGUCAGAUGUUGAAGUUGUAAUUGAUGAAGCAACACAAUUAGGUUUGCCCCCAAAUAUUUCUGAUGCUCACACCAUCAAUGGCCUUCCUGGUCCUGUCUCAACCUGCUUAUCACAAGAGGGAUUCACUUUCCUAGUGGAGCCAGGCAAGAAGUACUUACUGAGAAUAGUCAAUGCUGCACUGAAUGAAGAACUUUUCUUUAAGAUUGCUGGACACAAAGUCACUGUGGUUGAAGUUGAUGCUUCAUAUGUUAAACCCUUUAAAACUGAGACCAUUUUAACAACUCCAGGACAGACUACAAAUGUCAUUUUAUCAGCUGAUCUUGGAACUGGAAAAUACUUAAUGGUAACAUCACCAUACAUGGAUUCUCCUGUCUUAGUUAAUAACAGAACUGCUACUGCUACUUUACAAUAUCUAGGCACCAAUACUUCUUCCACCACAACAACUUUAACCGUGCCGCCGCCUACAAAUGCCACCCCUAUUGCAAUUAAAUUUGUGGACUCUCUCAGAAGCUUGAAUUCAAGAAAAUAUCCAGCAAAAGUCCCACUUCAGAAAAUUGAUCAUUCCCUUUUUUUCACCAUUAGUCUUGGACUCAACCCUUGUGAAUCAUGUUAUAGAGGAUUUCGAAUCGUGGCAGCUAUCAAUAAUGUUACAUUUGUUAUGCCAAGUGUGUCACUACUUAAUGCACAUUUCUUCAAUAAAAGUGGAGUGUUUACUGAUGAUUUCCCUGGAAAUCCAGCAUAUACAUUUGACUACACAGGGAUUCCACCAGAAAACUUGAGGACAAUGGAAGGGACUAGGCUAUAUAGACUUGCUUAUAAUUCUAAUGUCCAAGUAAUAAUGCAAGAUACAGGAUUGUUGAGCCCUGAGAACCAUCCAAUGCAUUUACAUGGCUUCAAUUUUUUUGUGGACCGCUUCUGUGGCCAAAAAUCUGCUUAUGCGGUCUUCACUUAA